ACGGCGGCAGCCCCGGCAGCGCGGCGAGCACCACGAGCGGCGGCAACGGCGCAGGCGGGCUCUUCUUCGGCGCCGUCGAGCGCGGGAGGCGCCGGCGGCUCGCGUAGUCCGCCGCUCCCGGGCGCCGCAUCUUCGACGACGGGCGAGCUGGCCUUCCUCUCGAACCUGCUGGGACGACGCGAGGCGCCGCGCGACAAGGUCUUCACGUGCACUGUCUGUAGGCGAUGCUUCGGCUACAAGCAUGUGCUGCAGAACCACGAGCGCACGCACACGGGAGAGAAGCCCUUCGAGUGCCGCGAGUGCCACAAGCGCUUCACGCGCGACCACCACCUCAAGACGCACAUGCGGCUGCACACGGGCGAGAAGCCGUACCACUGCACGCACUGCGACCGCCAGUUCGUGCAGGUGGCCAACCUGCGCCGACACCUGCGGGUGCACACCGGCGAGCGGCCGUACGCCUGCGAGCUGUGCGACUCCAAGUUCUCCGACUCGAACCAGCUCAAGGCGCACAUGCUCAUCCACAAGGGCGAGAAGCCGUUCGAGUGCCAGCUCUGCAUGGGCCGCUUCAGGCGCCGCCACCACCUCAUGCACCACAAGUGCCCCAAGGACGAGGCGAACGCCGGCAAGCCGCGCCGCGGCCGGAGGCCUCGCGCCUACGAGGCCUCGUCAGCCGUCCUUCCCUGGGCCACGACCACCGGGGUGCCCGUCGUGGUCAACAACAGCCUGGCUGCCGCCCUUUCACCCACCGCCGCAGCUGUGGUGGGCGCCGGAAUCCCGCCCGUGGCCCACUCGGCCACCGGCGGACCCCUGGGGGAGCCGCCCAAGAGCCGGCGCAAGCCGCGCCACACGAUACGCAUCCUGACGCCUCAGCAGCGCGACCUGUUCCUCGAGACGGAGCAGACCGAGCCGCUGGACAUGUCCAUGUCGCCGACGCCGCUGCUGCUGCCGUCGACGCCGUACCGCUACCCGACUCCCGGCGUGCUCGACCUGUCCAGCUCGCGGUCCGACUCCGAGGCUCCCGAGGAGGAGGACAUGUACGACGGCGAAGACGACAUCAUGGAGGAACCCGAAGAAGAAGAGCAAGACCUGCGCAUCAACAACGACCAUCGGCGCAAGGAGCUGCUCGCCGAGCGGCUGCAGGGCGUCGUCGUCGACCACCACCGACUCUCGGCCGUGGACCACCGGCUCGGCAUCGACCACCGGCUCAGCGUCGACCAUCACCGGCUCGGAGAGCGGCUCGAGGACCGGCUGGCAGCUGGCUUCCAGCUAGACCUGGUGCGGCGCCGGAGCCUCGCUCACGGCUUGGCACUGCCGCACGUGCUGCCACCCGGCCUGGCGCGAGGGCUGUCACCGGACCACGACGGCGACAGCACGAGCAACGGUUCCUUCGCGCUGGCCGCCUCGUCCUAGCGGAGCAGAGGAAGUAUCUUUGCACUUCCUCGCACGGACUCCCAUGUCGGCGUCACCCGUUGUUAAACCCUCUCCCCCCGUUGUUCCCCGAGGUGCAGUCCAGUGUGGGGACUGUGCUAUAGUAUAAGCGAGGGCUAACACCCCCGCCUGUGUUGUAGCGGACUUGUGCGGACUCCAUUUUGGCACUCGACGAUUGUGCGAGUGUGCCUGCCAACGGGUAUCGAGCCAGGUUUAAAAAAAAAAAAACAGAGGAAAUCAAACGUUUUUUGACGGUUGAAUAUCAAAAAGAAAGGAAGUGACGCGCUCUUUAUUUUCCCUGUAUGUAUUUUGCGAAGGGUGUUUGUGAACGUAUAGGAUAUUACGCGUACAUAAAUAUAUUAUAUAAAUAUAUAUACAUAGACAGAGAUAUUGACAGUGUGCAUAUUGUAAAGAAAGAUGGAGAGAGUUAGGCGACGUAUACAUGCGAGGCAGCACGCGGCGGCAAGGCUCCACGCCCUUAGCGUGUCCAUUAUGCGGGUGCCCCAUCAAAAGGAAAGGCUUCUGUCUCUGUUCAGAACUGCACUUUCCGCUCCUCGAGCUCUGCGCGCGAAUCGAAUGAUUCUCCUGUUCUUCCCUUUACGUUAUCGGAAAACUUUCACGUCUGUGUAGUGUAUAUGUCCCUUUCUGCGAUACAUCAAAAGCCGCUAAAACCCCAUUCUGUUCUGCAAAGCGUUCGCUUCACGUUCCAAAGGAUCCAGAAAUCAAAGGCUUUUUUUGCUAAAUAUCAAAACCUGAAGGAAAAGAAAAAAAAACGGUAAUAAGACGCGCGACUGCAUACCACACCAAGGCGCGUUGUUCACGGUAAUACGGGUAUACACAGCCACGCCGCUCGUUGCCACCUUUAUACUGAGUGUAUUUAUACGUUUUUUGGUGGCGCGGCGGCGUGACAUCGUUGACGUGAUGUUUUGAAUGCGUUUCCUCUGUGUGUGCAGGAUGCGGGCGACGCGUGUGUGGCAUGGGUGUGUUCGGUUAGGCGCUCGGCGUUUGCACGUUCGCGACGUCGUGUGGGAGCGUGUUCAAGAUGAGAGGCGGCCCCGUGCAAUGAAGUGCGGCGCACUUUGCUCGCCGCUUUCAGCUCCGUAUGAUCUCUCCGUUUGGCAACAGCGUUAUCACGCGCUCCCGGCUCUAUUACAUAGGGAGUGAAAUACACUCUCCCACGAUAUGUAUACAAACAGGUCGGCAGCCGUUUCUUGCGCAGUUUCUUCUUCUCUUUCGUUGGUAUGGCUUUGCAGUGUUUAGCGUAGCUGCUCGGUAUGUCGUCUUUUUCUUUUUCUGUUGAAAGAAACUGUGGGCAGUUUGAACAGUCGUGAAUACACGCUGUGGUUGCAUGCGUCUGGUUAUGUGCUGUAUGGUUCCUUAGCUCAGUGAGUUUGAGUGUAGAUUUCCGAAUUCGCUGCGUGAGAACCCGUGCCAAGUUGCCUAUAAGGCGGUGACCGUGGCAGCCAAAUGUGUAGUCGAAAGCCGCUGUGCGGAUUGGAAA